CAUUCUUAGGAUUUAAAACGCACAAGGCAAUCUCCAAUUAAAUUCAAAAACUAAAGGAGGCUGUGGAAAUCUGUGUACCACCCUGACAAAACACAGAUUGUGAUGAAUGCUAAUUCCUGACUGAACAUGUGGGCUAUUAGAUAAAAAAAAAAAAAUGAUACCCAUCACUGAGCUGCGUUAUUUUGUAGACACUCAGCCUGCGUACCGCAUCUUGAAACCAUGGUGGGACGUUUUCACAGACUAUAUCUCAGUUGUAAUGCUGAUGAUUGCUGUAUUUGGGGGAACACUUCAGGUCACUCAGGACAAGAUGAUCUGUCUGCCCUGCAAAUGGGUGGUCAAUAAGACUUGCAGAAAGUAUUUUAAUUCAACUCUCUCUGGACCCUUGGUCCCGGAACCCCAAGGGGUCCAGUACGAUCUUGAUCGACAUCAGUACAACUACGUGGAUGCUGUAUGCUAUGAAAACAAGCUGCACUGGUUUGCUAAGUAUUUCCCAUAUUUGGUGCUCUUGCAUACACUCAUCUUUUUGGCUUGCAGCAACUUUUGGUUCAAGUUUCCUUGGACCAGCUCUAAACUUGAACAUUUUGUAUCCAUUCUUCUGAAAUGUUUUGACUCUCCAUGGACAACAAGGGCGCUGUCUGAGACAGUGGUUGAGGAAAGUGACCCUAAAGCUCUUGGAAAAAUGAACGGGUCUAUUGAUAAAAAGGCCUCAUAUGUUAGUGAGGAUGUGGAGGCGAGCGUCCCCAUGCUUUCCACGACCAAAUCUCGUUUUGAGCAAGGCAUCGUCGACCACUCUGAAAAUGGUGUCCUAGACAAGAAGGAAGGCGAACAGGCGAAAGCCUUGUUUGAAAAGGUGAAGAAGUUUCGACUUCAUGUCGAAGAAGGGGACAUUGUCUACAGGCUUUACAUCCGCCAAACCAUAAUUAAAGUCGUGAAGUUCAUCCUUAUCAUAUGCUACACUGGAUACUACGUUCACAAUAUUCAGUUUAGCGUGGACUGUAGUGUCGACAUUGAGAAUCUCACAGGUUAUCAGAUGUAUAAUUGUGCCCAUCCUCUUGCCACUCUUUUCAAAAUUCUGGCCUGCUUCUACAUAAGCCUUGUUGUUGUUUAUGGGAUGAUCUGCGUAUACACGCUCAGCUGGAUGCUUCGUCGCUCUCUCAAGAAAUAUUCUUUCGAGUCGAUCAGGGAGGAGAGUAGCUACAGUGACAUACCAGAUGUGAAGAAUGACUUUGCAUUUAUGCUGCACAUGAUUGACCAGUAUGAUCCACUCUAUUCUAAACGUUUUGCAGUAUUUCUCUCUGAGGUCAGUGAGAACAAACUACGUCAGCUCAACCUAAACAAUGAGUGGACUUUAGACAAGCUUCGACAGCGUAUUACAAAAAACUCUCAAGAAAAAUUAGAAUUACAUCUUUUCAUGCUUAGCGGUAUUCCAGAUACAGUAUUUGACUUGAUGGAGCUGGAGGUUCUGAAGCUGGAGCUCAUUCCUGAUGUGACAAUCCCUCCCAUAAUUGCCCAGCUUGUCAACCUAAGUGAGAUGUGGCUUUACCACACACCAGCUAAAAUAGAAGCACCGGCUCUUGCUUUUUUGCGUGAGAACUUGAAAUCCUUGCACAUUAAGUUUACGGAUAUCAAGGAGAUCCCUCUCUGGAUUUAUAGCUUGAAGAACCUUAGUGAGUUGCACCUUACAGGGAAUCUUAGUGCUGAGAAUAAUCGUUACAUUGUUAUUGAUGGCUUGCGAGAGCUUAAACGACUCAAGGUCUUACGUCUGAAGAGCAACCUGACCAAGCUGCCCCAGGUGGUCACUGAUGUGGGAAUGCACCUACAAAAGCUGUCAAUCAACAACGAGGGCACUAAGUUGAUGGUGAUGAAUAGUCUAAAAAAGAUGGUAAACCUUACUGAGUUGGAGCUUCUCCGCUGUGACCUUGAGCGCAUACCCCACUCUAUCUUCAGCCUUCAUAAUUUGCAGGAGAUUGACCUGAAGGACAACAACCUUAAGACCAUAGAAGAGAUCAUCAGCUUUCAGCAUCUUCAUCGUCUUGUUUGUCUCAAACUGUGGUACAACCAGAUUGCCUAUAUUCCUAUUCAGAUAGGCACAUUAACCAACCUGGAGAGGCUCUACCUGAACAGGAACAAGAUUGAAAAGAUACCUAGCCAGCUCUUCUUCUGCCGCAAGCUGAGAUAUCUUGACUUGAGCCAUAACAAUCUUACUAGCAUUCCGGCUGACAUCGGAAUGCUCCAGAAUCUCCAGUAUUUUGCUGUGACCGCUAACAGGAUAGAGACUCUACCUCCUGAACUGUUCCAGUGUAAGAAACUGCGUACUCUGAAUUUGGGCAAUAAUUGCUUGUCAGCUUUGCCGUCUCGGUUUGGGGAACUGACCGGUUUGACCCAGCUGGAGCUGCGGGGGAACAGACUGGAGGGCCUUCCUGUAGAACUUGGCGAGUGUCGGCAACUGAAACGGAGUGGUCUCAUUGUUGAAGAGGACAUAUUCAAUUCACUGCCUUCUGAGGUCAAGGAGCAACUGUGGAGAAUUGACAAAGAGUCGGCCUGAGUUUUUCAUGCACAAUACAUUAGCAAAAACAACACACCAACGCAAAGGCACUUUUCCAGGCAUUGUCCCAGGUUAGUUUGUUGGAUCAUAUCAAUAAGUUGGAACGUGAAAAGAGAUUUGUCCCUUUUUGUUUCCUUUUGGAAAUGUGUGAUUCGCUCAGCCCCAAGGAAGACGCAGUUCAAGUGAACGUGUAGCAUCAUGUGCUGUUUAGACUCUUUGUAACAAGAAUAUAGAAACGUUGCACAAAAUCACAUGUGUUUUUGUGCUA